AUGUGCGAUCACUCCGACCCUUCUCCGAUUCAGCACGUCAACGGCACUGCGCCAGACACCCACGUCGCCAUCGACACCUCGGCUCCCAACCACAAUGGCAGCCACGCUACCAACGGUGUCGCCGCUCCAAGGGACAACGGCAACGCCGGCUCGGUCCAGCCCUUCAACUCGCGCUACUCGGACUUCUUGAGCAACGUGUCCAACUUCAAGAUCAUUGAGUCCACCUUGCGAGAGGGUGAGCAGUUCGCAAACGCCUUCUUCGACACAGAGACCAAGAUCAAGAUCGCCAAGGCCCUCGACAAGUUCGGUGUCGACUGCAUCGAGCUCACCUCCCCCGCCGCUUCAGAGCAGUCCCGCAAGGAUUGCGAGGCCAUCUGCAAGCUCGGUCUCAAGACCAAGGUCAUCACUCACAUCCGAUGCCACAUGGACGACGCCAGGAUCGCCGUCGAGACCGGUGUCGACGGUGUCGAUGUCGUCAUGGGCACCUCCAAGUUCCUCCGUGAGUUCUCCCACGGCAAGGACAUGACCUACAUCACCAAGACCGCCAUCGAGGUCAUCCAGUUUGUCAAGAGCAAGGGUAUCGAGAUCCGCUUCUCCACCGAAGACUCCUUCCGUUCCGACCUGGUCGACCUGCUCAGCAUCUACCAGGCCGUCGACAAGGUCGGCGUCAACCGUGUAGGUAUCGCCGACACUGUCGGUGUCGCCAACCCAAGACAGGUGUACGACUUGGUCCGCACAUUGCGCGGCGUCGUCGGCUGCGACAUUGAGUGCCACUUCCACAACGACACUGGCUGCGCCAUCGCCAACGCCUACACUGCGCUCGAGGCUGGUGCCACCCACGUCGACACUUCGGUCCUCGGUAUCGGCGAGCGAAACGGUAUCCCUUCGCUCGGUGGAUUCAUCGCCCGCAUGUACACCGCCGACCGCGAAUACGUCAUGAGCAAGUACAACCUCAAGGCGUUGCGCGAGGUCGAGAACCUCGUCGCCGAGGCCGUCCAGAUCCAGGUGCCCUUCAACAACUACGUCACCGGCUACUGCGCCUUCACACACAAGGCCGGCAUCCACGCCAAGGCCAUCCUCGCCAACCCUUCCACAUACGAGAUCAUCCGUCCCGAGGACUUUGGCAUGAGCCGAUACGUCUCCAUCGGCCACCGCCUCACCGGAUGGAACGCCGUCAAGUCGAGAUGCGAACAGCUCGAACUCACCCUGACCGAAGAGCAGGUCAAGGAGGUCACCGCCAAGAUCAAGAAGUUGGCAGACGUGCGCGAACAGACCAUGGAGGACGUCGACUCCAUCUUGAGGAAUUACGCCCGCGCCAUCGAGAACGGUGCCGUCGCCGCCUAA